UUUUAUGUAUAAAUAAGACGCGCUAUGAAAUCGUAUCAUCGCGAGUUGUGCAAAGCAGUCGUAAAGAAAUGGCCACCAACAAAUUUAAGGGAACUUCACCGUACGCAAAACCGGCCCCGCAGCCACAUCAUACGGAUUAUCUUUACAAAGGAUAUUUGAACGAUUUAGCUCUAAAAUGCGAGAGCGAUGCACCAAUUAUCAAAGUUGCUCUUUUCGGAGUUGGUCGUGCCGGCACCAUUCACUUGGCUUCGAUACAAAGCAACCCACGAGUCAAGCUACUCUAUAUCGUCGAUGACAUGGAGAGUAAAUUCGCUCAGAUGAAAAAGUACUGGCACUUGGAUGGUGUUACUUUGAUGACGAGUAAACAGGCUGAUCGAGUUUUCAAAGACGCUAGCGUUGACGUAGUGGUGGUCUCGUCACCAACUUACACUCACGAGGGUAUCGUCACAAAAGCUCUUGAGGCGAAGAAAGCAGUAUUUUGUGAGAAACCGAUAGCCGAAAAUCCAAGCAAUACACUCAGAUGUUACGAGGCAGCGAAGAAAGUUGGCAAAGUGCUGUUUUCCGCGUUCAAUAGACGCUUCGAUCCAAGUUACAGCGCGGUACGGGACAGAGUUCGCAAGGGUGAGGUCGGUCAUGUGCACACCAUCAAAACAACGUCCCGUGAUUCGCCUUUGCCAACGAUCGACUAUCUUUCUCAUUCUGGAGGCAUUUUUCAUGACUGCAUGGUCCACGACAUCGAUAUGAUCACAUGGGUCCUCGGAGAAUAUCCUAUCAAGGUGACAGCUCAAGCUGUAGCUAAUAUACCGGAGAUAAAAGCUAUCAAUGAUUUUGAUACGGUUGUCGCAACGAUGCUAUUUCCAUCGGGAUCAAUAGGAAUAAUCGAUCUCUCACGAAAUUCGAGUUACGGUUACGACCAGCGACUCGAAGUAUUUGGGCCGAAGGGUAUGGUGCGAGCAGAUAACGAGCAACCGAUUCACUGUGUAUCGACAAUGCUCGAUCUUGAUGGUCCGAAGCAGGCGCCAAUCUGGUAUUCCUUCGCUAGCCGUUUCAUGAGAGCCUACAGAGCUGAAUUUGACCACUUCCUGGACGUUGCUCUCGGUAAAUGCGAAUCCAUGGUGAUGCCGAAGGAAACCAUGGCGGUUACGAAAAUAGCAUCGGCGAUUGAAGAGGCUGCGCGUUCCGCCAAAGUUGUUGAGUUGAAAUGGGCCCCGGGCGAACUUCCUCCUCAACAGUGAUAAUCCAAAGGGCUCUUAUUCGGAGUAUAACUAAAAGAAAUUUGAUUUGGCAUGAGGAUACAAAAAUCUCAUGUCCCUUGUAACAUGUUCGUUUUUCGAUUAAAAAGGUGAAUGAAAAAGAAGCAACUUUUUCUGACGCUGUUAACGGUA